UCUGCAUUAUUCCAUUACCAACCUCCUUCGAUACUCUAUAGUUGUUAUUUUUCUUUUUUACGACAUUUUAAUGUUUUGUUUAUGGUGAAUUCAGUGUUUCUCGCCAGUGUUUUAUUGUGCGACCGGUUUGUUAGUAGCGGAAAUAACGUUAUCCGCGAGUUAUAAAUCAUAUUGUUUAAAGGAAAAAACAUAUUGUGUAAUCAUAUUAAUUUACUUCUAUUUGAUAACUAUUUUUUUCUCUAUAGUUUUUGAGAUUUAAUCUCAUAUUACAGCCAUUUUAUCCCUCCCGCAGUAUCACUAAUUAAACGGAACACGACCAAUUAUAAUCAGCAAUACCAAAGUUUAUCAGUGACUAAACAACCAACGUACAUGGACAACGCAUGUGCUUCGCUACAAAGUAGAACUGGAAUUGGCUGAAAACAAUCUGCCUUUGCCCAAUAAAAAAAAAUAGUGCAGUGCGUCAAAAAAGUGGACAGUAAUUGGCGAGAGAUCGUUUGUUCUAGAAUGUAAAGACUCGAGAUUCGAUUUUUAAAGUUCUUCGGUGUCAUUUUUCGAAAAUGGAAAUUCUUCGUCAUCGAAAUUUGAAUGCAGUGCAUGUGCUAUAUCUGGUUGGGAUGCAGCAUUUCAUAAUGGACGAGUUCCCCGACAUGCCGGCUAGCUUCGGCAGCGACCUGCCGCCGGACGGGCUGCGAGGCUUCCUGGUGGCAGGGGAGCCGCAUGACGGGUGCUCCGUCCUGCCCCCGCCGCCGACCACCGUGGACAACUUCACGGGGAAGUGGAUCGUGCUGUUAGCCAGAUAUAACUGCAGCUUCGAGGUGAAGAUCCGCAACGCUCAGGACGCCGGCUACGAUUGCGCCAUCGUGCACAAUGUCAACUCCAGUGAACUUGAGACUAUGUCGGCAAAUAAUCCAGAGGGGAUAGAGAUACCGUCUGUGUUUGUGAGCGAUCUCGCCGGCCUCCUACUGGGCGACGAGUACUUGUACACUAGCGGUUUCUAUAUAAUGGUGAACGACGACUUGCCGUUCAACAUCAACACGCAUCUAUUGCUGCCCUUCGCGAUAGUCGUGGUGCUGUGUCUGCUCGUUAUACUCGUAUUUAUGAUAGUAAAGUGUAUAAAAGACCGUCGCCGUGCCCGGCGGCACCGCUUGCCCAGCCGAGCGUUGAAGAAGAUCCCCACAUGCAAGUUCAGUAAGGGCGACCCGUACGACACUUGCGCCAUCUGCCUCGACGACUACCAAGAGGGCGAACGGCUAAGGGUGCUGCCCUGUGCACAUGCAUACCACGCGGUGUGCAUCGACCCGUGGCUGACGCAGAACAAGCGCGUGUGUCCCGUGUGCAAGCGCCGCGUGUUCGCGGCCGGCGAGCGGCGCCGUCUGCACACCGACUCCGACUCCACCGACACAGAGCCGCUGCUCAACGAUAAUAAUGCCACGCAGGGCGGUACGUUUGAGGAGCAGCGCGAGAACCCGUUCGUCCGCGCGGCGCGGUUCAUUUCCAGGCUCAGAGCUCGCAGGGACGAAGAGAAUGCUCAGGCAGCGUCCCCUACAGAGGAUAAUGACGACGAGGAGAGUAAUGUUAUUGAUGACACCGUGGAAACAGACGACAGAGAAGCCCUGAUCUCGAGCAUGCCGGCGGUGUCCACGUCGGUGACCAGCGAGCGUCGCUCCCGCCGCCGCGCCCGCUCCCGCAGCCGCGACCCCGCCCCGCCCGCGCUGCUGAGCCACGACCAUUCUAUCAAUACGGAAGCGCAUGGAGAGAUCGGUGUAGCAGCCUUACCCGCCCCGCAGUCGUCACCGCAUCACGUGGACUUAUGAACACUCGGCCGACACUCGCUACUGCCGCCCAGUGUGUAAGCACCCUUAUAUUACACGCGAUCUCUAACAUACAACACGAAAAAUUGUCCAAGCUGUGACCUCUAAACUUACAACAAAAAUAUCGAUAUCUCAGAUGACAAUGUCGAUAAAGUAUCGAUACUAAGAAUCGAUUUAAAAUCGAAAUCUUGACUGGGCGUGCGAUCAAAGUUCAAUAUUGUAGUUAGAUAUGGAAUUUUGAUUGUUCCAAAGUACUUGAUAAUGCUUGAACUUGUCUCAGGUCCAUGACUAACUCAAAUGUCACUUUGUUAGAAAAAAAAUAUUAUUAUAAUAAGUAAAUCUAAUGUCGUCAAUUUAAUAUUUAAAAGACCGAGGUUUUGUUUGAAAUCAUCACAAACUUAGGCAAAUGAGAAUGUAUGGAUCUCCUCGUUUUGGUCACUUUCAUUUUGUACGAAGUGACGCAGAAUUUAUGAAUGACAUCAAGAUCAGUUCUAGAACAUUCCUCAAGUAAAGAUCAAAAUUGCUUGAGCUGUGUUCUAAACUGGUUUAAAGACGAAAGUUUAUUUUACUAAAAUCAAAGUGCCUGACGCAUUGAAAAUUCGAGCAAAAUACUAUAUUUUAUAAUAAAACGCACUGAUUAUGGGAAUCGACUAAAUUAUAAAGGUGCAAUAUCGAAUUGAGUAUUUCUUUCAAAGUUCAUAUUAAUAAACCAUUUUUGUGACGAAUGGACGAAAAAUAUUGAUUUUAUUGUGACUUAUUAAUGUGGACUUUUGUUUAAUAUAAAAGAUUAUGUUACUAUUUAUCUAUGCUAAAUAAUUAAAGUAUAUUGAAAUCAUUGUAGAUAGAUUUGAAGUCAGUUGAAUAACAAUUGUAGGUCGUAAUUAAUGUGAAGUUGGUAGCUAAUACUGUUCGAAUUCCGGGGAGUUUUGAAAUGGGAAUUGCUUUGUUUAAAUUUGGAAUACUGCGGGAUAUUUCUAGAAGCUCUAUACCUCAAAAUUAUUUUCGCCUCACAAAAAAUGGUUCUCGAUUAAUUUAGAAUAAGUUAUAUAAUUCAAAAAUUAUGUAUUUUUGUUAUAUAAUAAAUUUCGAAUAAUAUAUUAAAUAAAUUAGUUUUUAGUUUCAAAACUUAGCCAGGAAAUCGAGAAUUUUCUGUAAAUAUUCCGCAGUUAAUAUUUAUUUGUAAAUUCCAGAGGGUUGUGAGGCUAGCCGCUGACACGCCAUCUUUCCCUACAUAGCGUUAUCAAAUAUUAUUGUAUUAUAAAAUAAUUAUUGUAGUGUUUUUGUAAGUUUAAUGUUAAAUUUUAGUCGUUACGUGAUUAUGCUUAGAAUGGUUUUUAUUUUAACUCGUUAAUUAAUGACUAUUGCUUUUCUGUUCUGAACUAAAUGGCAGCAUCUAUCCAAGAUAGCUAAGAACCGGUUUUCCAAUAGUAGUUUUAUCUCUAUCGUAAAAGUGACAGUUUGAUCGUUUUUGUGAAGAAAAUGUGUUCAACUAUCAUAUUUAUUUUACAGAUAAAAUGUGAAACUUUUGAAAAGCCAUUCUUUAUCCAGAAAUACUAAUUUUAUAACCUUUCUGAUUAAAAGUUUAGUUCAUAAUGACAGUAUUUUUUUUACUAAUUUUAAUCAAAUCUUACAUGGCUUUAUUUGAAUUUUGAAUAUGUUAUCAUCACAAAACGACGUUACAUUUAGUUCAGCACUGACAAGUGACUCACACAUCCUGUAUAAAAUAAUAAAUGAUAUAAAUCACCCUGUAUAUAGGAUCAGUUGGACUGUAGGUAGCGGCGACUUCGCUAACGCCAUAUAUUGUGACUAAACACGACUAACAUUUUAUUUUCUAUGUGAUAAUACUUAACUAUGCUGUGUUUACUUACUCUGCUAACUGCUCUAAUCUGGGAAAUAACUGUGGCCAGGAAAUAAUGUUAAUUUUGAGCCAGUAAUUUUACUGCGGAAUAACUUUACCACGAGAGUAAACAUGUCAAUUUGACAGACUUUUGUAAAGAAAGUCUGAUAAAUUAUGAUAUUUAUUUUUGUGGCAACAUAUUUGUUUUUCAUAUGAUUUCAGUCAUAAUGCGCUCAAAUAAUAUUGUUUAUGAAAUUCUAAUUGUAUUAACUCAAUUUAGGCUUUAACGUUUAAAAGAUUUAAAUGGCGCUAAAUAUGAAUGCUACAGUCAUAUUAUGGCAUACUGGCAGAGUGAGUUAAUACAGCAUAGCAAAAAAGUUAGAUAAACAAGCUAUCCUUCGUAAAAAAUCUAGUUCUUUUGGGAAUCCAUGCCAGUGUGAAUUAGCCAACAUUAUGAAAUUAAACUCUUAAAACAUCAGACUUCAGUCUAUCAAUUCAAAUGUUUUUCUUUAGGAUAGCUUGUUUAUCUGAGUUGGCAACUGUUAUAAAAUGCUUUAUUUACUUGUGAUAUAUUUGUACGUUAAGAGCGGCCGGUCGGGAGUGAACUAUGAUUUAAGUUGUGUAUUUGCUGAACUGGGGUCAGUGACCGCGAUACUGAUCGCAAGUUUAGAAAUAAAGCCAAAGGAAAUAUUGA